UUUUCGUGCUAGUAAUGUCUGAAUCGAACCCAAGUUUCAGGCGGCAUAUGACCUCUGCCAUUCGAUCAUCAUCAUCAUUGUCUAGUCGUCGUACGUUGUCAGCUUUGGCAACAUGCACAUCACUUUCUCAAGCAAUAAAUAGCAUCGACAACAGUAAACCGGCAGUCAUCCUUGAUUUGGGAAGGAGAACAACUAAAGUCGGAUUCGCUGGCGAGUUCGUGCCGCGCGCUAUCAUCCAUUCAAAUUUUUUGGAUGGGUCGUUGUACGAGCAGAAAGGAUCAUCGUUGGACGGUGAAAGUCCAUCACUCGGUCCCACCCUGUCAGCCAUGGUCAGAUUUUUCCGCAAUAUAUUUAACAGUUACCUUCUUACAAUGCCGCGCGAACGACGAGUAGUGAUUGUCGAGAGUUUGCUCACGCCAACCCGUAUAAGGGAGAUGAUUUGUGAGGCAUUGUUAGAAGUGCUGAAUGUACCAAGCAUUCUUUUCAUUCCAUCCCAUCUGGCUGCAACUUUUCCUUACAAUACUGACUACGCUCUUGUUGUAGACGUUGGCUAUCCGGAAACAGUAGCCGUCCCUAUUGCUGAAGGUGUCACGAUGUUGUCUCUUUGGGAAGUUUCAAAUAUCGGUGCAAAGAAGUUGGAGGAUAGAGUCCGCGAGUUGUUAAAACAAUAUGGUCGCCUAGAAAAAUGGAAUGAAGUAUGCGAAUUGACAGAGGAUAACUGGAACUUAAUAGAAGAGGCAAAUAUCAUAGAAGACAUAUGUGUACGAUAUGUAUUUUGCUGUCCCUAUGAGCGUGGCCAAGCCAUCCAAGCAGAAGGAGCUGAGCACGGGUUACCGCCUAUCAAGUCGGUCAAGAUACCUCUUGGAUCAGACUUCUUAUUAGUUCCAGGCUUCGUGAGAGAAGCUGCAUGUGAGGUCUUCUUUGAGCGAGGUUGCGACGAUGUAUCGCUUCCAAAGCUGAUCCAUUCGAUUGUUGAAAGGUGUCCCCUAGAUCUGCGGAAAAGAAUGUUUGAAAGUAUGUUGGUCACGGGAGGGCCGUCAUUGAUUCCAGGUUUUCUCAGCCGUUUGAAGGCUGAGUUGAAAGAAGAAGCGAAGUCCAGUCCGAGUAAAACGAAGCAAUGCGAAUCCAUUCGCUUCUACAGAUUUUCAGACCAAAGUGCUGAGCUAUAUUUGCCUUGGUUGGGAGGAAGCCUUUUUGGUGCUUUGCAAGACGCUGUCCAGCUCAGAUCAAUAUCGAGAGAAACUUGGAUUGAAGACAGGAGCAUACCUGACUGGACUGACUAUGUCCGCCAUGGCAUCCCUUGCGGCAAACCUGAACUUGAACGCUGAAAGCCGUUUUGAAUUUUGCGUGUUUCAUGCUUCCUAGCUUACAACGAAUGGUCAAAAGUUCAAGAGGUUCCGGCCGUUCCCAAAAAGUUGCACAUCAUUGAGUGCAGCAGCGUUAGAGACGGUGUCUUGCCAAAAUUUUGCUCCGCGGUUUUUUUUUUACCCUCGGAGCCUUCACCAUGCUGAACCCACAUCUAGGUUUUGCAGCGCACGAAAAUGGC